AUGGCCACAUUCGCGUCCCGGGUUGUUCUCGGUUCGCGAGUGACUGUCACCGGGAAAAAAGGCGUGGUCAAAUUUAUCGGGCCAACCGAUUUCGCGGCCGGAGAGUGGAUAGGAGUUGAGCUCGAUCUCCAAGAGGGCAAGAACGAUGGCCUCGUCAACGGCGUUCAAUACUUUGACUGCCGCGAGGGACACGGACUAUUCGUUAAGAAGGCGCAGGUGAGACUUGACAGAUCCGCCACAGCCGCCACAGCCGCCACAGCCGCUAGCUCAAAGCCAGGCGCAAUGACCCCAUCUUCUCCGACGAUGCCUACGGGGUCAGGAAGAGCUGCAUCCCGCCUCCAAGCGAUCCGUGAAAGAAACAAGGCGAGUUUCGCGAAUGUUGCUGUGCAGCUGAAAUACCACCUAGUGGAUGGUAAAGCAGAAAGAUAA